UCAACGACGAUGUCGCUCCCUACAGUACUACGACAAUCUGCUCGUCGCUCAGCAUGUACGCUGCCUGCUGCUGCCGGUCCCAGUACCGCCUCUCGAAGGAUGGUGCACAACCUCUCUGAUUGGACGUGCUCCACUUCUAUGCUUGUUCCCAUCGUCAUCGAGCAGACCGGUCGAGGAGAGCGAUCGUACGAUAUCUAUUCACGUCUGCUCAGAGAGCGUGUCAUCAUGCUCGCUGGCCCGGUGACCGACACGUUGGCAUCGGUGACGGUUGCUCAGCUGCUCUUCCUGGAGGCAGAAGAGGCGAUGAAACCUAUUCACCUAUAUAUCAACUCGCCUGGUGGUAGCGUUACAGCCGGGAUGGCCAUUUAUGAUACAAUGCGAUAUGUCACGUCGCCGAUCUAUACCUACUGUAUGGGUCAGGCAGCAUCAAUGGGUUCGCUCUUGCUGGCCGCAGGGGAGAAGGGCAAACGUCGAGCACUCCCCAACGCAACUAUAAUGAUCCACCAACCAUCGGGAGGUGCCUCCGGUACAGCGUCGGACGUUGCUAUACAUGCAAAAGAGAUUUUGCGCGUACGAGAACGUUUGACAAAGAUAUAUCAGAAGCAUUGCGGGCAUGAGGGGGAGAGUGUGGAGGAUGGCAUUGAGCGCUUUCGAAGGGCUCUGGAGCGAGACUACUUCCUCGACGCCGAAGAAGCCAAGGCCUUCGGAAUCGUCGAUAGCGUUCUCGAGAACCGCGGAAAAACAGAGACGUCCCCCGUACCGAUCGGUCUGUCAGAAUCAGCCUCAGAACCAUCUUCGGUCGGCCUCGGUGUCGACUCGAAUCCGGCGAAGGAGCCUUGAUGAUGGUCACGGGAGAUUGAUACAUCUGCAUAUGGUUUAUCCGUAGACAUCAUGACUUUGCUUCUGUGAUAUGUAAUAAUGCACAGUGAUCUGG